GGGAUGACGAUAAGACCGAAAGGGGGUGGGUUUAUUAAAUUAGAUGGAGAUGGAGAGUAUAUGGUGGUUAAGGGGAGGAUGGAUGAUUAGUUACAGUGUUGCUGUGGUAACACUCGUAUCUGUGUGGCACUUGCUUAAAUUAAUUAUUCAAAUCAUACCAUCAUACUCCUCCUUCUCAAGAUUAUGGAACUCCCCUUCCGCUUCCGCUUCUGCUGCCCAAUCCAACCAUCCCGUUCAUACUACCACUAAUACUAAUAAUAAUAAUAGAAUAAUGAUAUCUUCAUCACAUAAUGGAGGGCUCAUUACUGAUUUUGAUCUUAAACUUCUCAUGGAUAAUUUGGAAGAUGAUGCCGACACCUGGGAGACUGUUGUUGAAAGAAGAAAUAAUUCACUCUCUUACUCUGUAAAGUGUUGCAAACCCAAGGAUGGUGGUCCCCUCAAGUAUUUGAGUACAACAAUCUUUAACUUUUGCUCUUCUGAGACACUUAGAGACUUUUACAUGGAUAAUUUUUAUAGAAUGGAGUGGGACAAGACCUUGAUUGACCAUCGGCAGUUGCAGGUGGAUGAGAAUAGUGGUACUGAAAUUGGCCGUACAAUUAAAAAAUUCCCCCUUUUGACUCCUAGGGAAUACAUUCUAGCAUGGAGGCUAUGGGAAGGAAGAGAUCAAACCUAUUAUUGUUACAGUAAGGAAUGUGACCAUCCUUUAGCUCCAACACAAAAGAAGUAUGUACGGGUUAGCCUUUUCAGGUCUGGUUGGAGAAUCAAGGCAGUACCUGGAGGAAAUUCAUGUCAGAUCAAAAUGGUUCACCAAGAAGAUGCUGGCUUGAAUGUUGAAAUGGCAAAAGUUAUCUUUGCCAAAGGCAUAUGGAGCUAUGUAUGUAAGAUGGAUAAUGCUCUUCGAAUGUAUUCUGCCAUAAAACGUCUUCAACUGACUUCAACUAUUAGUGCAAUCACACUUGUGCAGAAGGUACCACUUCCAUUGGAAUCCACGAGCAACAUUGAUGCCAUAGCUCAUUCAGAAGUCUCUUAUGAUUGGAGUGAGAAAGAAAUAUCACGAAAGUCUUCAAAGAAAUUGUUAGUGAAUGGGUUGAUCCUUGCUGGUGGCGUGAUUUGUCUGGCUCGUGGACACACCAACUUCAGUGCGAAGGUAGCCAUGUCAUACGCACUAAGUAAGUUGACAAAGCGGCACAGAAGUAAAGAACCUUCUUUACACUAAGAAGUCUUUCAUUGUGGGUAAAAGCUUUUUUGGGCUGACUUGAUUUGAAGAUACAAGUGGAUAAUAAAAAAGUAUAGUAAACCAUGUAAAUUAAAAUCUUAAACUGAUACUGUAUAACUACUGCUGUAUCCAGCUUCUAAAAAAAAAUACUCUUAUUGAAAAGGAUAA